AAAAGGGUCCCUGGGAGAUGAUCGAGAAGAACACAUGGCAUCAUGAUCGCCGCUGUGUAUAAAUUCCGUUGCUCAGCAUCCACUGUUCCUGACUUUGGAUAGAUUUUUUUUUUUUUUUUUUACUCGACAAUUCCGGACCAUGAGUUAUAUUUGAACUUGUUAUAGAUCUUUUUUUUUUUCUAUUUGGAAAUUGGGUGAGGUUUUUUUUUUUGGCAUUCAUAGAUCCUAUACGCAAGGCUUCAUGGCGCGCCAGAAACAAGCAAUGCCCAUGCAACGGGCCACCUCUUCUGAAUUAAUGCAUACGGUUCCAGAUGAGUCGUCGCCUGGGGCGAAGCAGCAGAAUGGGAGCGCAAAGCAUUCGGAUGUCGCGAAUGGAAAGCACGAAGCGCAUGAAGCUGUGCCAGAUACUCCAGGGCUGAUGCAACUGGCAAUCUGUGUUCUUGGGAUUUAUGCUUCCUUUCUUUCGUGGGGAGUUCUUCAAGAGGCAAUCACAACGGUCUCCUAUCCUGUCCGCCCGCCAACUGUGCUGGAGCCCGAACCGCCAACAGAGCGCUUUACCUUCUCGAUCGUGUUGAACACUAUCCAGUCUACCUUUGCUGCGAUCACUGGCUUCCUGUACCUCUAUUUAUCCACCCCCGCGGGCAAGAAAGUCCCGUCAAUCUUUCCAACACAAAAGAUUAUCUUCCCGCUUAUCCUCGUCAGCAUCUCCUCAUCCCUCGCGUCGCCCUUCGGAUAUGCAAGUCUCGCCCACAUUGACUAUCUUACGUUCAUCCUCGCCAAGUCCUGUAAGCUGCUUCCGGUGAUGUUUCUCCAUUUGACGAUUUUCCGCAAAAGAUACCCGUUGUAUAAGUACGGGGUGGUCCUUUUGGUUACACUCGGAGUGGCAACGUUCACUCUCCACCACCCGGGAACGAGCAAGAAAGUCGCUGCCUCAGCAGCAAAGGGCCAAUCCGGCUCUUCUGCCUGGGGAAUCUUUCUUCUUUCCAUCAACCUCUUGCUGGAUGGGCUCACCAACACCACCCAAGAUCAUGUGUUUAGCUCCCCGCAGAUCUAUACGCGCUUCACGGGGCCCCAGAUGAUGGUCGCUCAGAAUGUUUUGUCUACUCUUCUGACAUCUGUUUACCUUGUGGUUAUGCCUCAUCUAUCCGCCACUGGUAUUCUGCAUGCUCUUUUGCCCAUCCCAAUCCCUCCAUCCACGGAGACGGAGCUGACCACUGCGAUAUCGUUCCUCUCUCGCCAUCCUGAGGUGUUAAAGAACGUGCUUGGAUUCGCUGCGUGCGGUGCUGUCGGGCAGCUUUUCAUUUUCUACACCCUGUCCCGCUUCUCCUCGUUGCUCUUGGUGACAGUCACGGUUACGCGCAAGAUGCUAACGAUGCUCCUCAGUGUGUUCUGGUUCGGCCACUCGCUGUCUUCAGGGCAGUGGCUUGGAAUCGGUCUGGUCUUUGGAGGCAUUGGCGCGGAAGCAAUUGUACAAAGACAAGAAAAGAAAGCCAAGGAACUAGCCAAAGCAAAGGCUGCGGCUAGCAAAAGGGAGUGAAGCAGACGGAUACUUUCUCUUCAGCUUGACUGAAUCUAGAUCUAAAUGUAAAUAGAUUUCCCUUUUAGCAGUUUGUAUUAUCAUCAUCAUCAUCAUUACGGAGUAUAGCCACGGUAACUACUACUACUACUACUACUGGUAAACUGAUUGCGACAAUAAAACCGUUCAUAGGCAAGUCGUGAGAUAAUAACCAUAACUCCACACUUGGAUCACUUCCUCCCCUCAACCAUGAUAAUAUGGUAUCCGAAGCCGGUCUUAAUAUCGACAUACUUGGGAUUCCCAGUCGUGCUGGGUUCGAGAUCAUACGCCGCUUUCUCGAAAGUUGCAUCUAGACUGCCGCGGACUUUCCAGCCAAGGGAGCCACCUUCAAGGUUGGUUC